CCCAUACUGCUUUGCGCCUGCGCGGGGGCUCGCGGAGUCGGCGCCAUGACCCCAUCGAGGCUUCCCUGGUUGCUUAGCUGGGUCUCGGCCACGGCGUGGAGAGCUGCAAGAUCACCCCUUCUGUGUCAUUCUCUGAGGAAAACAAGUUCUUCUCAAGGAGGAAAGUCUGAACUUGUCAAACAGUCCCUUAAGAAGCCGAAGUUACCAGAAGGUCGUUUUGAUGCACCAGAGGAUUCCCAUUUAGAGAAAGAACCACUGGAAAAAUUUCCAGAUGAUGUUAAUCCAGUGACCAAAGAAAAAGGUGGACCCAGGGGCCCAGAACCUACCCGAUAUGGAGAUUGGGAACGAAAAGGACGCUGUAUUGAUUUUUAAGUCGCAUAUUCUUUAACUUCAAUAUUGUUUUCUGAAUAUGUACAUCUGAAUUAACUUAUUUCUGAUUAUUUUCUUUCUUUAUAUCCUUUAUGUCGUGUAGUUUCUAUAAUGUGUUUAAAUAUAUAUAUAUAUGAUGGCUUUGGAAGAAAAUAUGCUGCUAUAAAUUAGGAAAGGGAGACCAGCCUGACCAAUAUGGAGAAAUCUCGCCUUUACUAAAAAUACAAAAUUAGCCAGGCAUGGUGGCAUGCACCUGUAAUCCCAACUACUCUGGAGGCUGAGGCAGGAGAAUGGCUUAAACCCAGGAGGUGGAGGUUGCGGUGAGCUGAGGUCGUGCCAUUGCACUCCAGCCUGGGCAACAAGAGCGAAACUCUGUCUCAAAAAAAAAAAAAAAAAAGGAAAGGGGAAAUAUUUUUUCAUUAACAUAUAUUAAUUUAAUGAGUAUAGAAAUGAUUCU